GCUUGGCGAUCCCAGCUGCUUCGCUCCGGGAGAGCCGCCCUCCCCGGAGCCUUAAGAUAGUAACUUCAGACCCCCAGCUGCACUUUUGCUGGAAUCGGGCAGCUUGUCCUGAGUCCUUUUUGAGAAAGAUGUGCAAGAGCAUUGUUGAUGGCCCUUUGCACGGAGCUUCCUGCUGGCAGCGGGCACCGCGCAGUCCGGCCUGGGCCCCGACACAGGCUGCGCGGGCCCGCCGGGCGCUGGGGCCUCCGGUAACCGCAGUCUGAGAUAAGGCGCGGCCUAGGACCUGUGCAUAUUUAUGGGGCGACACUCACCUGCCGUAGGAUCCCCCAAGGUCAGGUUACUUGAGAAGCACAAAGCUCUGUUUGGGACAUCUCAGCGCCUUAGCGGUUCCCCAUUGGGUCAAAACAGCAUUGCUCUCUGCGCUUGGUGGUUCUGAUGGUAGAUUCCCAUUGUGAAGUGUCCCCCCUGUUUUGUGAAAAUGCAGUAGGGUUUACUCCCAAAUUUCUCCGGUAUCUGCUAUUUCUAGAGGUCAAGUAGCCAGUGAGCAGGAACAGGCUGUGUGUGUGUGUGUAUGGAAAAGUAAUUCUGUCUUUUCAGCAGAGAAAAAUGGGUGAAUGGAAGAAAAGCCUGAUUUGGUCGUGCCAGGAUGCGUUCCCUGGUCCUUUGAGGCAAAGCCCAGGGACGCUAGGCUGACUCCAGGACAGCCAUCUGGUACUUUAUACUUGAACUUGAUUGUGUAAUCUCCUCAACAGAAUGUUGAAGGAUGUUUGUUCCGAGAGCUCUCAAAGUCAAGAGGAACGCUCAUGAUGAUGGCAAAGGCUGUGUGGCCAAGAAAGCGAAACCAGAAGCAGAAGCCCUUGGGGGGGAUGAGGGCAGCGGUCACCCAGCUGAAGCUGUCGUCACAGAAGAAGCCAAAGCCGCGGACAGGCACAGUGCAGAACUGUGCCCUUGCCCAGGUGCACUCCUGGAAGCUGAGCAGGGUGCCAAGGACAACCAUGUCUCUGAAGAACCUGUGAAGUCAUUUUCCAGAACGCAGCGCUGGGCAGCGCCCGGGGAGCCUGUGUGUGUUGUCUGUGGCCGUUACGGGGAGUAUAUCUGUGAUGAGACGGAUGAAGAUGUGUGUAGCUUGGAGUGCAAAGCGAAACAUCUUCUGCAAGUUAAGGGAAGGGAAGAGAAAGUAGCACUCAGCAGCCCGCAGGAAGCUGGCUCUUGGCCCCAGUCCCCAGUUCAUACAUCCUAUGUCUAUAAAGAGCAUCCCUUCAUCUCGGGCCUCCAGGAGGACCAGGUUGAGAAUCUUAAAUGUCAGCUGGGAAUUUCAGUUCAAGGGCAAGAUGUUGCCAGGCCCAUCACUGACUUUGAGCACUGUGGUUUCCCUGAGGCCUUGAACCUCAACCUGAAGGCAGCAGGCUAUGAAGUGCCGACCCCCAUCCAGAUGCAGAUGACUCCCGUGGGGCUCCUGGGACGAGACGUGCUGGCCAGCGCUGACACCGGCUCCGGGAAGACAGCCGCCUUUCUCCUUCCUGUUAUCAUCCGAGCGCUAUUUGAGAGCACGUCUCCGUCCGCAGUCAUCCUUACCCCAACGAGAGAGUUAGCCAUUCAGAUAGAGAGACAAGCCAAGGAGCUGAUGAAAGGCUUGCCGCGCAUGAAGACCGUGCUUCUGGUGGGGGGCUUGCCCCUACCCCCGCAGCUGUACCGUUUGCGGCAGCAUGUCAAGGUUGUCAUAGCGACUCCCGGCCGACUCCUGGACAUCGUGAAGCAGAGCUCCGUGCAGCUCAGCGGCGUGAAGAUAGUGGUCGUAGAUGAAGCUGACACCAUGUUAAAGAUGGGCUUCCAACAGCAGGUGUUGGACAUUUUGGAACAUGUCCCUCAUUACUGUCAGACCAUUCUGGUCUCAGCUACAAUUCCAGCCAGCAUAGAGCAACUAGCCAGCCAGCUUCUGCACGAUCCUGUGAGAAUCGUAGCUGGGGAAAAGAACCUGCCUUGUUCCAACGUGCGGCAGAUCAUUCUGUGGGUCGAAGAGCCUGCCAAAAAGAAGAAAUUAUUUGAAAUCUUAAAUGAUAAGAAGCUCUUUAAGCCGCCCGUGCUGGUGUUUGUGGACUGCAGGCUUGGGGCGGAUCUGCUGAGCGAGGCGGUGCAGAAGGUCACGGGCCUGAGGAGUGUGUCCAUGCACUCGGAGAAGCCACAGACCGAAAGGAAAGCCAUCCUGGAGGUCGGAAGAGUGGGGAGAUUGGGUCAGACCGGGACAGCGAUCACCUUCAUCAACAACAACUCAAAGCGACUCUUCUGGGAUGUCGCGCAGAGCGUGAAGCCCACGGGCUCCACGCUGCCCCCGCAGCUGCUCCACUCCCCCUACCUGCACGAGCAGCGGAGGAAGGAGCGGCAGCGGGACCGGCAGGCCCAGAGCCACCUGGUCACCGGCGCCAACCUCAUGGACAUCAUCAGGAAACACGAUAAAAGCAACGCUCAGAAGUGACCUGUCCCCGCCCUCCGAGGGCGUCUCCCUGCUGCCGUCGGGGAAGUGUCUGUGUUACUAGGUUUGCCGAGUCAGCGGG